AUGGAUCCAGACUUUGAGGGUCGAGUACUGGUCAUUGCAAACAGACUUCCUAUCACAAUAAAACCCGAUGCAGAAGGUAAUUUUGACUACACCAUGUCCUCGGGCGGACUAGUUUCGGGGUUGAGAAGUCUGGCCAGAGUGGUGGACUUCAAGUGGUUCGGAUGGCCUGGUCUCGAUGUCCACCGUAACGACAAAGACCGAGUCAGGGGUCAACUGCACGACCAGUUCAACGCUGUUCCGAUCUUCCUUCAGAAGGACCUCGCGGAAAGACACUAUAACGGAUUCUCUAAUUCUGUGCUUUGGCCACUCCUGCACCGUAUGCCCGAAAAAGUGGGCGAGGACGGAGGUUGGUCGGACGCCUAUCUCGAGGUCAACGAGAUCUUUGCCGACAACAUCGUUCCAUACGUGGAAGAUGGGGACCUGAUCUGGGUCCACGACUACCACUUGAUGCUUCUCCCUGGAAUCCUUCGCGAGCGAUUAAGCAAAAAGAAAGAUCUUCGAAUUGGAUUCUUCCUGCAUACGCCUUUCCCAAGCGAGGACUAUUUCACCAUUCUGCCCUUCCGAGAGGAGAUCUGUCGUAGCCUCCUGCUUUGCGAUGUUAUCGGGUUUCAUACCAACGAAUAUGCGAGAAACUUCUUGGACAGUGCUCGGACAGUGCUCAAGGAUGUCGCCAAAUCACCGCAUGAUCUUCACUGGGCUGGGAGGCGGGUCAUUCUACAUGGCUUCCCUAUAGGCAUUGAGCCAGAGGAAUUCACUCAAAAGGUGCAGUCCGCGGAGGUCCAGAAGGAGAUUGCCAAACUGGAGAAAGAAUUCAAUGGCCAGAAGAUCCUGCUGGGUGUUGACAGACUUGACUAUAUCAAAGGAAUACCUCAGAAAGUGAGGGCUUUUGACAGAUUCCUGACGGCGCAUCCCGAAUGGGUGGGCAAAGUUACAAUGAUCCAGCUGGCCAUUCCAACGCGAGCGGACGUUCCUACGUACCAGAGGCUGAGAGAAGAAGUCGAGCAACUGAUCGGACAUGUCAAUGGCAAGCACGGCACGUUCACCCACACGCCCAUCCACUAUCUAUACAAAUCGCUGAACCCAGAACAGCUUUCUGCACUAUAUGCUGUGUCUGACGUGUGCAUUAUCUCCUCUCUUCGAGACGGCCUCAACAUGGUGAGCUAUGAAUAUGUUGCAAGUCAGGUGCAACGAAAGGGCGUCCUGAUGAUGUCCAACUAUGCUGGAGCGGUCAAACUGCUUCCUUCCUGCGUCGCCAUCAACCCAUGGGACCUCCCGCGAUUCGCUGAGAAGAUUGGCGAUGUGUUGGACAUGCCGCCUGAAGAGCGGGCGAGACGACAGGAGGAGAAUUACAACGUUGUGAGCAAGUGGACCAGUGUCAGUUGGGGAACUUCAUUCUUGAAUACCAUGAUCACGCUGGAGAUCCCGCAGACCGAAGCACCCAUAGAUCGUGAUAGGAUCGGCGAAUCCAGUGUGAAAGACGAGGAGGCGGGAAAAUUACAGUCAUGA